GUGGAGACUUUGAAAUAAUAUGCAUGGAUGAAUUUAUCGAUAAUCUUCUUCGUGAAGAACGUGUCUUUGAUACAAUAUUACCUCGGCUUUCUAAACGUCAUGUGCUGGAAGAGAACGACGAGUUACCGCCAAGAAUUAGCGCGUUAGAAGAUGAUCUGGAAGACGAUUUAUCAGAGUGA